GCCCUAAUGGAAGACAGAAGAAGGCAAGAAGAGGCAAGACAAACAGAGGAGGCUGCAAAGCAGAAAGCUAUACAGCAGGCGCAGCAGGGGCACUUCAGGAGCUUCGAAAGGUUCAACGAACCCGUGCAGCAGGCUCCCGACACGGUAGCCUGCCAUACCUGCCCCUUUAG